AUGAGCAAACAUUUUCUUGAUGUGAUCAGGGGUGCAAUAGAGGGGUGGAAGGCCCCGCUGAGAGACCCUGGAGCUCGAGAUGUAAAAGUGCAUUGUGAUGUUCAAUUCUUGAGUGAUCUAGGGCUGACUAGCGCUAAAUGGCAACAUGGCAAGCUAAUCAAGUCCUAUCCAAAGGCAACUGCCAUUGAAAUGGAAGGGGAAGGUAAGUUUUUCAGUCUCUAACCAAUCAUAUUGCAUUCUGUACUCAAUGUAUCAUCCUAGGAAGAUGGGCAAUGUUUAAAAGGAGUGUGUUUACAUGUGUUCUUUUAUUAUUUUGCUUUUGUAACACAGUGAUCUUAUAGAAAAACAUCUAACAUUACUAACGUUAACUACCAUAUAAUUAUGGUUGUAUUGUUGUUAUGGGCAGUUUGUCCAAUUUGGACACUACAGUACUGCUUGUGUAUACGUUAACCAAAAAAUGCAUAUUAAAUGCACCAAAAAUCACAUACAAGUGCGAUUUAAAAAAAUGUGCACGUCAAAGUAUCACAUGUGCGCACACAAGCUUUUUACAUCUGCCCAUUUAGUAUAAAGGAGGUAGACCUUUUGUUUUUCUGUUGAUGGUGGUGUAUCAUUUUCAAGAAUAGGCUUUAAAGGCCCAUUUUCACCCUUAAUGCAAUGUGCACCACGAACCAAAUAUUCCUGUCACACAAAAUUCACAGUUUACUGAAAACCUUCUAAGAUCAUCUUUCACGAGAGUCAUCCUGGACAUACACUACAGUCAAUUCACUUUUGGGCCUUAGAUUUCAUGUGUAGUGUCACAUGACUUUUGAUGUAAACAAACCCUGAAAGUUCGGACAUUCUUCGCAUCUACCUCAACGGCAGCUAAAUAACAACUUGCUUGAUAAACAAUCAAGUAAAUGAUAUAAGAAAGAUGUCAAUUUUGAGCGAAGAAACGAUUCUUGAAAGCGGGAAGUUAUUUAAGGAAAACUGCCAAAGCCGAAGUUUGGACACAUGUGCUGAGAGCUCGACUCAAUGGUUUGCUUACAUCAAAAGUCACGUGACAUUACAAAAGGUGAAUUGUUUUACGGUAAAUACAUUCGCCGUUCGUCAUUUUUCAGUUUCCUUACGGUAUUUUGAAUUUUGUUUAGUAGAAUCCGAAGAAAAUUUUUUUUAAGUGUCACGCUUGGAUCUCUUACGGACUCUGUGAACAGGGUCGGCGAAAAGAAUAACGUUCGAAUUUGUUCACUUUCUAUAAGUGCUUGAGGAUUCUAAUAAAUAUAAAAUAUUUUCCGAUAGAAAUUGGUAUUUUUCAAAGAGAAAUAUGGAGAAAUAUCAGACUGCUGGACAUUCAGUUAUUCGAAGACCGUGUCCGGUAGUGUGCGAAGAAAUUUCCUAAAGGCCCAUUUCCAACCUUGAUGCAACGCGGUCGUUUGUUUUUGUUUUGAAUCACUGCCAACGAUAAGUAAACUUGUUCGUUUUAAGCACUGUUCGAACCGACCUUCCCGACGUGUUGUUACAUAUGUUACAUACUAAUGCGACUUUCCUCUUUUAUCAGAAGAGCUAAUUCUCACUUCGCGUGAAAAAAAAAACAUCCGUUGCAACGGCUUAGGAAUGUGUUUAAAUUAAACUUCUCCUUAAGGGUAUCGUAUUUCGGCAGCAUCGGCUAAGGCGCCCGUUUGAAACCAGUUGUCGCGUUUUGAAUACAAACUCACGCGCGAUUGCUUAUUUCAUAGCUUUUAUCAUCGGUGAACACGCUGUUCUCGAAAACUGGUUUAUUCAUCUCGCCUUUUAAACAAAAACUAAGAAGUUUUACUUGCUUAUUUUAAUGGUGUUGUGUUACAGUUUAGUCACUUGUCACGACUCGUAUGCAAAUUUUUAUGCGAGGCCGGAUUUGCUUCUUGUUCUAUUAUUUGUCUAAUCAUCGAUCGAUGUUCACGUAAUUGCUCGAGAAAGAGAAGGGAAAAUUAAAUGCAGUAGUAGUAGUAGUUCAAGUUUGUUUGAGACACGUGUGAUGAGAAAAAAAAAUGUUUAAAUUCCGGUGCGUAAACACCGAAGCGAGCGCCAAUUGCAAUGAAUAAAAUAAAACAUUAAUCACAAUCUGAAAUAGUAUAUUUUCCUUCUGUUCCUCAUCGAAGGUGAUCGAGUUAAGUUUGAAUUUGCGAAGAAAUCAUCACGUGCGAUGUGAACAGCAAAUUAAUUAUAUUCCGGUGCGUAAACAGCACUGAUUGUAAUUAAUAAAUUGAGAAGCAUGGUACUCGAUUAAUAAUACACGUGUUUCGAUGCCUCGUGUAAGUGACGUUUUCCUUCCCCCCUGAUUCAUCAACAACUCAAAUCAAGCAUAUCCACUGCAAAGCAAUGCGAUAGCGUGAGUGUAACAAGUAAAUUUUCCGUUGUCGACUCAUCGCUUUUUCAAACCUAUAAGUUCUUUGUUUUACACAACAGUGUAAUACAAAGGAAACGUGUAACUCUGAAUAACAAAGGCAAAUGAGACAUUGUUUGAUGCUACUCUGGUUUGCAGAUUUUAAUGAAUGUAACCGAAGUAGUUACAAUUCAUAGGGGUGAUCUAAACGCUGCAACAAGAGGUUCUUUUAUAUGAUCACUAAUUAGCGGCCUUUUUUCUGACGAGGUGUAAAUAGGCGUCAGGAAGCAAACCGCCAUCGUCACGAUUUGAAGGAGCGUGGGCGGAGUUAAUAUGCCAAGCCUCCAAACAAAGGCGCUGGUGAUAACGCCGAUUAGUGGUGAUAAUUUUAGAAUUAUCCCACCCAAUUGUAUGGUUGGUUAGACGUGUAUGCUCCGAUAAAGCUGAAUUUUCCUUUUUGCAAAGGAAAACCGCUUUUUGGUGCUCUUUUAACCGUGUACCAAACUGACGUUUGGUCUGUCCGAUGUAUUCGUUGUCACACUCAUUGCAAGGAAUAGAAUAAAUGACGUCGGUUCGUUGUUCUUUCGUGACAGGAUCCUUAGGUUUGGCGAAAAUAUGCCCCAAAGUCUGAGAAGGUUUUUGAGCAACUUUAACGUUGUGGCUAUUCAAAAUUCUCUUGAUGGGUUCAGUAACACCCUUAUGUAAGGAAUAACAGGAAAACCAGUCGCUGGUUCCCUUUCAUCAAGAGCGUUACUAUUUGUAACUGGUUUUUGGCAGUUACGGAGAAAAUUUUUUUGUAUAGCCAUUUGCCUUUAGGACAUUGGAAACAUAUUUCCUCUCCUCAGCCUUCGAAUCGAGUGAAGAUGGUAGACAGUCAGCCCUCCUAACCUCCUAGUUGCGCAUGAGUCAACUUGUGUGCAUUCUAUGGACAAGUGCUUGGUGUGUUAGGUAAUUUAGUGUUAACAACUGAGUUGAAAACGUAAAUUAGCCACCGUAAAGGGUAAAAAAGCUGACGUUUCGAGCGUUAGCCCUUCGCAAUCGCUCUGACGUCAGCUUUUUUACCCCUUACGGUGGCUAAUUUAGGUUUUCAACUUAGUUGUUAACACUAAAUUACCUGCUAUGCCCUCCCACCUUAAUGCUUUAUUCAGAAGUGAUAAUGUAGGGAGAAGUUCAAUGUUAGUCUUUCUUGUUGGUAAAAGGGUUAAAAGGACACAUAUGUUCCAAAAUUGCUGAAGAAACUACAGAAAUACAAAGAUUGUUUUUGAAAAAAAAAGCAAAUUUUUUAAUGAGGGUAAAAUUGAAUAGAUUUUCUCUCAUUUUUCAUAAAAAAUGUGAUACAAUAGUUGGUACUUUGAGAGACAACUUAAUCAACCUACAGAUUUCCUUUAAGCUUGAAAUCUUUGUAACCAACCAUUCUUUGGCAUUUUCUUGGAUAGCUUAAUGUUACAAUGACAUUACAAAAAAAUGCCAGAAUCAUUAUUGCAGCAACACUUCUAAACUCGGAAAGUUUUCUUAGAUCCCAUGAUUGCAGACCUCUGGAGGUGGUUAAGUUUGGAUCUCAUUCUUCAUGAAUUGUUUUGUUUCAGUCUCCUCCAACAAACUGUGGUAACCUAAGUGGGCACACAAAAUUCAAAAAAUUAAAAAGUAUCACAAAGUUAAAAACAUUCUUGACUGAAAAAGCCAAAAUUGUUCCAUGGAGACAAAAUUUCCUUGAUUUCCCCUCUUUUAUAGAAAAAUAUCUACGUUUACCUGUAUCCAGGAGAUUUAGGUAACUAUACACGAGACAAGGAGAUUCAUUCUGUAUCUAGCAGAUUGAAGCUGGCACAUAUUAUGCAUGGAGUCAGCAAUUUUCCUUGCAUGGCUAGCUUUUUAUCCUCUCGCUUUUAAUGACUUUUGUCGUAAUACAAAUGCAUCCUUUUGGAAGUGGCAAAAAGUUUGAAGGAAAUGAAAGAAAGAGAGGGGACACUUUUUUGAAGGAGGCACCCAGAGCAUUCUUGCUGAUUUCUUGUUAAUUUUGUCGAGAAACAUGAGGAAAUUUGCUAACGAAUGUGCAAUGGGUAAACAGUGUAGUAAAACUUUAACUAUAUUUUUUUCAUUGGAAUAGUCUGGAAAAAUGCUGAUACUAGUAAUGACAUAAAAAUGAUGACCCAUGAACGGUGCUAUCAGUAAGAUUUGAAGUAGGUGGCAACAUCGGUAAAGCACCCGCCGGAGAAUAAUGUGUAAAAUAAUUUCCCUCUCGUUAGCCUAUCAGUUUUAUUCAGAAGAAACUGGCUGCAAACCGAGUUUUCAGUAUUAAACUUUGGUCAGUGAUCAUUAAAUAUUAGUCUCCUUUGUAACAAAUGUUUAACUGUUGGUUUUAUUUCUAAACAAAGUUUUCCAUUUGCUGACAUGCAAACCUGCUACCCGAGUUUCACCCAAACCCCUCUGAAAAGACAUGGUUACUGGUAACCAAAAUGGAUUAAUAUCAAUAACUGGGAAACUACCCACCUACCCCUCCCCUAACCCGACAUUAACCCUAACUUGUUGUCAAUUGACUGUUGUUGAGUUAGGGGAGGGGUAGGUGGGCAGUUGCCCAGAUACUGAUUUUGAUCCACCAAAAUUUGAGUCGGUAUGUUCUUGGAAACUCAAAAUAUUCUUUUUUGCUGGAUAUGUGAUAUAUGAUGAGACAAUAUCAACCAUUUUUAUCAUAACUUGUUUAUAUAGGUAAAAGUUGACUGAAAGAACUCAAAAUGAUCUGGAGGUGUUCGCUUGAAGGCUUUCGAAAAGUCACUGAAAGAUCCGAAAUGUUGGUAACCUUCCAAAAUCGCAUAAUACUAAACACGUUCAAAAGGCAGUCUGCAAAGAAAUUUCAAGAUUAUAUGUUGUGUGUAUCAAAUUUCCGUAUGCACAUUUUCUCAAAUUCAGACGCUACGAUCCAAAUCUUUCUUCAGCUGACCAAGCCAGAUUCUAUAGUUUUCUAUUCGUUCAUCUCUUUAACGCACUGUUUCUUUGAGGAUUUGCAUUGUAACGCCACGAUCUUUGUUAUCAGUCUUAUCCCUCUUGUAAUUCGAAACAAACCUCUCAGUCUCCUGCCUUGAAACGCAGAGCGCAUUCUUCUUUUUAACUGCAAGUUUUGUCUGAGAGUUUUUUUUUUUAACUAAGUGAAAUUAAAGAAAUGCGGUGAUGAAUUCCGUUAGUUUUGCCCAUUGGAAAAACCCCAAAAAGUAUUGUCGUGUACGGAAGUUUUUCAUAAGUAAGGCAUCCAACUGUUAAUGUUUACAUAAGUUAAAUCAAUCAGCCACUGAAUUCUAAAUGUUCUCAUGGCUCGAGUUUAACCACAGACAGCCCAAGCUCCAGCUGUGAGAUAAUCAUUAGAGGCUUCUCUUAUGGACUUAAUUAACCUAGAAAUGGACAACUCGCUAAAAUGGGUUCUUUAUAACAUAGUAACUGGUCAGAUAACAAGCGAUGCACUGUGGAAGUAAGGUGAGGUAUUUUCCUUGAGAAUUUGAUUGUGCUUUUAUAUUCCCAAGAGCGGUCGUAAGUAUUCCCAUGCAAACUCUUCUAAUUUCGCCUUGACACUUCGCAAGACGAUCAUCUCACAGCUGGAGCCUGGGCCAUCUGUGGUUUAACACAAGAGCGUAAACAAUCUUCAAGCUGCCGGUUGCUUUAUUAAAAAUCACAAAAGUCACGUACUUACUCAUCUGGCUAACCAUUAACCAUAUGGCCAUGGUCUUCUUCGCUUUUCACAGCAAAUGUUUUUUUUUGAUAAAAAGUUAGACGCUAAGUGUUCAAUGGCGGGAAACUUAACAUCUUUGCAAAAAGAUCCGAAUUUGAUUUACGUGUGUUAUCAACAAGCGCGCACUUUUCAAAUUUGUAUUUACUAACUAGCAGUUGAGAAGAACUGCUUUUGUUUUAUUUGUCCAAAGAUAUUUGAUGAUUCCAGUUUAGCACAAAAUUGUUUGAAAAUUAUUUUAAGGUUACUUCCUACUUACGCCGGUGACCUUCGGGAAAAAAAUUCCUACGCGCGCUAGUUUCACUAAAAUCCUAGCAAACUAUAACUCAGAAGAAAGCUUUGAACUGCAGUUUAUGAUUUAAACGAGGUUUCCUCCUAUGAAGUAUCAGGAGCCGGUAAGGCGUGAAACGACCGAUGAUUCUUUUGAAUUUAUGGGGUAUCGGAUGCCGCCGCACGAGCAUAAAAUGGCUGCACAGUCUUAUUCAGAAGGCAUCGAUCAACAAUGGAGUCUCAGGCUUUUUCGAUAUUCGAAAUGGUUGUCUAGAUAUCGGCAUCCAAAGUUGGAGUAGCUAAAAAUAUGCAAGGCGUGUUGUGCGUAAAUGGGCGUCGCCGGACAAAUAUUUAAAUAUCAAAAUUUCCUGACUCACUUCCGUUUGUCAUUAUUCCUGGAAUGUUUUGGCAAAAUUUGACGUAAAUUUGUCACGUCUAUAUACUCUACAAAUUCGUUCUAGGUGGAUGUAUACCUCCCAAAUUCAAAUGCGAGAUUUUAGCUCAUAAAGGUCCGUAAACAACUCGCGCUACGCCAGGAGAUUAUCUCGCCUCCUGAAACCGCAAACCAAUCGGACAACGGGACCUCCUGGCGUCAAUGACGAUGGAUCAAGAUUUUCCGCGAAAAGUAGACCAUUACAUAGUUAUCUCGAUUGCUCAGCGGAGCGUUGAGGAGGACGACACAAUAAUGGGCAAAACCCCAUUGAAAAAACCCGCCGCAAAAAUGGAAAGUAGUGUUUACACGCGGGGACCAAUUACACAGGAAAGAAGCAAAAACUGGGGGGCAAACGGUUUCAUUCUUUCACUCUGCAGCUUUCUUAAGAAACCAAAAUUAUUAAAAUAGCAAUAUAGCAUUGAAAUAAAUCAGCUCAGUACAAACCGCAGAUUGUUCAGCGAAAUUGUUCAGUGCUUGAAUUUUUUCUGAUUUAGUUCGGAUACAAGCGAAAAAUAACGCUUUGUUACCGAUCAGAUGUGGCCGAUACAGGAACAAAAAGCACUUGAUUUUCUUUGUCGGUUGUGUUUUUAUUGCUGUUAUCUUCAUGAGUUUUGUCCCAGAGUUGUCGAUUUUUUUUCGUGAAAGUCGAUCAGCAUUCUGGUGGAAGUGACGCUCCAAGCAUCGUUUUCCUUGUGAUCUGUUCGUAGGAAUUGUGGGGGCUUGUGUUACCGAUCUGUGAUUGGUUUAUUUUAAUUUGAUGCUGGGACUUGUCCCAUGAACAGUUCACACGAAGCGUUUUGACCAACCAGUCUGAGGGACUAGUCGCAAGGACAAAAUUUUUAGUCCCUACGACUAGAUUUUGUGGCGAAACGGCUAGUUCAGGGAACUUGUUGCAGAGACCAGUCCCCUCUUGUGUGCCGACCUUUACUGAUUUAUUAACUUUUAUUUGAAAAGACGUUUUUUCUAAACAACUCGGGUGCGUUUAAAGAUUUCAGAAAUUUUUGUAUGGAAACGUUAGAUUAAAUGAUUAAAUUCAGUUAAAUCAAAAAAAGCAAAAACGAUUUUUUGGCCUCCGAGGAUGGGAAAUAACCUUGAGUAACCGACGAUGUGUAGUUCUAAAUUUAUGUAAAACACGCAAAACAAGCAGAAAAAGAAAACUGCCUGUGAAAUAAUGAAUCUAAAAAUCAAAGAGCAUGGAAAUUGAAAAUAGAUAAGAUGAAUGCUUCAAUACUUAAUUGACUCCUCUGUGUUACUGAAUAACUUUUUUGUUCUAUAAAUUCGACUUGAACAUGGCAAAGUAUACCCGGCGGUGCGAAUGAAGAACAUUUGAAAAAGGUAAUAGAUGAGUUUAUUCGGAAAUUUUAUGAGCAUUUGGAAAGUUUUCAUCCAGUUCCUUUUUAUUUGCCUCUCCCCCAUUGUGGCAUGGACAUGUGAUAUGCAUAUAUGUUAUUUGCCGGCUGAGAGGUCCGUAUGGUGAAAAACUGUGACCGAGGUCUUGAAAAUACUGCCCGAGGCCGUAGGCCGAGGGCAGCAUUUUCAAGACCGAGGUCACAGUUUUUCACCAUACGGACCGACCCUUAGCCGGUAAAUAACAUAUUUAUUUUUUUUAAACUCGACGAAAUUCUUUCCGAAAGAACCCGAAUGAUUUAGGGCUGUUAAUACGGCAAGAUCUUCCAUGAACUGAACAAUUUUUGAGCGAGUAAAUGGUGGUUAAAAUAGAGGUGAUGCAAAUUCAAGAGGGAUGCCUCAGCGAAACAUUUUCAUUUCCGUCACGAUAAAGGUGAUUUAAAAGGCUUCUAAACAAACUUUGAAACAUUAUUUUUACAACUAUAUGUCACAAUCUGACACCUGUCAAUUAGAGAGCACGUAACAAAAAAAUGCGCAAGAACAUUUGAAAAACAACGGAAAUAGUUUGGCAAGGACUGUCUCGACAAUGUUCGCUUCAAAAACAGUCAAUGAUCUAACGGAAAGUAUUAUUCAGUCUCAUCGACGAUAUAUUCGUGUACGAAGAUUACCUCUGUUCAUUAAGUAAACGGUGAGGAAAGUAAUUGUGAGUAAAUUCAAAUUUUUUAUUUUGAAGUUGUGAGAGUUUGCUCGUUUGUUUGCUGCAAUGGCGUGUGUAAAUCUCGUCUUUCCUUCAUAAAAACUAAAUUCGAAUGGAACACUCCAACAAGACACAAGGGGAUUUAAUGCGGCCUUUCCUCAAAAAAGUCCUUCAGUUUCUUUGUGCAAUUUACGGUACAAAUGUCCAAAUUGAAUGGACCUGGAAAGACUCACCGAGAGUGUAUAUUUGUUGUAGAACUUCAAUUAAAACUUCGCUCGCUCUUUUCACUACGCACAGAUUGCUUGAGAAAAUUCAGGUAUUAAAUGAAUGAAAGUUCCAUCGUUUAACUGUAACGAAAUACCUCACGUUUUAACUUGCUAGGUACUUUUUGUGGACGAUUAGAAUAAACUGCAGACGGUUUUUAUGCCGCUUGUCAACCAACGUAAUGACACUACUGUUUGUACAAAUUCAUUCUGAAACUAAUAUUUUUCUGUCAACCAAAGUGAUUUGAGAGAGAGAAAAGAGAGGAUUCAUAAGUUAUUUAUCGGCUUGAGGUAGUAACCGACUUGUUUGCUUAAAAAUACUGCCCAGCCGGAAAAACGAGAUAUAUUUAUGAAAAAUGGCAACGAAAUUUGGAAUGUACUCGGCGAUUCACGAAAGCGUUACCGUGGCCUGUGGGCAGAGAUAGGAAAAUACUGACCGGGUAAUGAACCAAUCAGAUUGCAGGAUUCGUUACCGUGCCCUCUUUAAAAAAAAAAAUUAUUUUUAUCAACAUUGUAUUUUGUAAUAUAAUUGUUCAUUGUUAAAAGUGUGAUAAGGGUCAAUCAAACUUCCGCGGGUGCCAAUUUAUCCAUUAAAGUUCAUUAGUCUUUUUUAACCUGAAUUGGUGUAUUGGUAUGGGUGAUACCGAUCAAUGUCGGGUUUCUUUGAUAGUUUUAACAGUUUCACUGAUUGGGCCAGCGAAGCAACGGUGGUCUCUUAAGGAUGGCCUUGAGUUGAAGCUAUGUCUUGAAUUGUUCACUUUGUUGAUUUUAGGACUUUUCGCUUCUGAGUUUGAUCAUCAGAUUGGAUGGUUGGUGCUAAAGGGUAUUUCAGAAUAUGCAGAUAGUACAGUGUGUUCAUCAGAGGAGUGGAAGACUUUUUCAAGUGUGAUGGCUGCUUCUGUCGUUGAAAAGAUUUUGAGUGAUCCUGAUGUAUUUCAAGAGUGGAACCAUUAUCAAGGUAACAUGAGUGAGCAAUGUCUUUUGACUGCAUAAAUAUGUCUUAAUCGACAUUAUCUCAACACUUUAAAACUUAGCUAUUGCAAAGUGUUUAUUAAAAAACCAAGCUUUUUUGAAGUAGAACUUAGGUUGAAGUUCAUGCAAUGGGUUACCAUUUCAGAAUCGUAGAAUAGAAUACUUCUUAGGUAAUUUAAUGGCUUGUACAAGAAAUACAACUGUAUUUCUACAGGUACCAUUGGCUAUUUUACUACUCAUGUGAAAAAAUUGUAUUUGCAUCACAUAGUUGAACUCCACAUGUCUUUUUGUGGAUGAAAUUUCACGGUAUUGAAACUCAAACAAUUACCAGGAAAUAAGCAAAUAGGUAACCCAAGCAAGUAAGUUUUUUGUAUGUGCAUUAGUUUACAUUAUUCGGUUCAUUUUUUUGUGGCAAUGUUUCCCAAAACAUAAGUUCACGCCAGUGAAACAGCAUGAUGUUCAUUGAUUUUAAGCUCAUUCAUGCUAAAAGCAAUGAAUGAGGUAUUGUGGUGAAGAUGUUGACGGAAGUUGUCGACCGUGAACGGAAGUAGUCUCGCAGGCUACCCCACUUAGCGAAGGUCAAAAUUAAUUUCGAUGAAGCUCAGAAACUCACGUGGAAAGAAAUAAAGUGGUUGUAUGGUUUAAUAAAAAUAAUAACCUCAAAUCACAUUUCCGAACUUCUAAAAAUGCAACUUGAAUCGAGAAGCCGAAAUGCUCACACUUAGGGGACCGGUAGCGGGUUCAAUUCAACACACGCUGUGACCACGCAGAAGAGCAUCAGAGGUAGCCAUGUUGGUAAGCCGCGCAUUAGCGUUCGUCUUCAUUUGGUAUAAAGUAAUCAUUGCUCUUCAUUGUGCUUGUAUUCGAGAAACAAUUGCAAGCUUUGCAUGUGGUCCAUACGUUUCAUCUUUUUAACCGAUAUGUGAUCAUUUUGUUGACAAAAAUGCGGACCGAGACCAAAACUGUUCCUUCGACUUGACAUAUUUUCAUACUGAUUUUCACAUAUGUGCCUUACAGGAACCGGCCAAAUUUUAUAGGGAAAAGCGAAGCGUUGCUUUCGUGACUGGUUAUUUGUUUACUUUUCUGGUAGUUUUAUCUCUCGUCUGUUGGUUGACUACGCUGAUAUUGAUAUGUGAAAAUAAGACUAUGCGAGGGCUUGAAAUUCUAUUAAGAACGAUUGUGGCCGCUGUGUUAAAAACAAAAGAUAUCAAGAAACAGGCAAGGAAUAUUUCACAAUUGUGCAAAUGGACGCGAAAGAUGAGGGUUACCAAUAUUUUGUUGCUAGAGCAACAUUUGAUGCCUUAUUAUAUCUACUCAGCCCACCUUCCGCCCCAAAAACACACACACACACCAACAAAAAGGACCCUGUCUGCCUAAUGACCUCUGCCUAUCCUACCUCCAGCCCACACCACCUUUUUUCCAAUUCCCAUCACGACGAAAGCACAAGUUUUCUUAUCACACAACUGUCCAAAAAUAAGAGAAAAUUUAUUCCAUAAGUCUUGAAAGUUCACAUAAACCGAAUUCAACUGUACCUAUAUUCAACAAGUCCAAGAAAUCUAGACAAACUUAAGCCAUAACAUGAAAUGAGCUGGCUCCGAGAGCCCUUUGAUUUAGUUAUUUUUUUAUAUAAAAAAAUCUCUAUGUUAGCGUAUAGAGUGGUAUGUUGCUCGCACCAAUCAGAUCGCCGCAUUAGGGUUUGCAUCUCGCAGCAAUCAGAUUGCCGCAUUAGGGUAUGUACCUCUCACCAAUCAUAUAAUAGCAUUUGAAUAUCCUGCACCAAUCACGGCGUUUGGGUAUAGUCUUAUUGUAAAUGAUUUCAUGAACCACAGAGCUGAGCACAAUGACAUUAACGAGAAAUUUUGGACUCAUUUGAUAAAUGUAACGGUUUGUGGCCUUCCCGAGAGCCUCGUCGAUGAAGGUCGAUAUAUCGGGAUAUGAAAGGUACGCAUUUAAGAACAAGUCUCUGUAAGAAUCAAACAUCUUGGGAAAUGAAAAUUCCGAGUGCUGCACCUUCUUUCAUGGGAAUUUGAGCGAUCCGAAAUCCUCUAAAGAUACACUGUUAUACUUGUAUGUCAUUUGAAACAUGUUUAAGUUGGCUGAUCUACACGAAACUAUCCUCACACCGGUCAUUUGUCAUAAACUUGUACGUUAUCACGAUGGCGUGACGCUGUAUUUCUCCGUGAAGUUUCCAUCGGUCGCUCCAAAGACGAGAAAUGGAUAUUUUUCAUUUAUGUCAGUAGAUUUCCGCUUUCUGAAGGAAAACCAAAAAAAAAAAAAACCUGGAUUGAACGCUCGUAAACACUGAGAAUCUGAGAGUAUAUAUAUCGUAACUUGUCAGCGGCAGUAAUACAGGUAAAAUCCAGUUGCAACAAUAGCAAUAUGAACGACAUAGGCAUCUCCUUACAAAGAGCAGAUUCGGGCAGUUAUCAUUUCCUUGCGACAGGAACUAAGAUAUUCCGAAUCAUCUAAAAAUUGUCAGAAAACUGUUAGAAAAUUUGCAUAAGAUAUGAUGAGGAGAGACUUAUCACCGCCGCAGUACAAUCGAGUCAAUCAAUGUUUCCUUCCAUGUCUUGAUAAAGAAAAAAUCACAACAAAGUUCGAACUAAAAGAUUCAAUGAAAUCAUAAUGUCAUAAUUCCACCUCUCAAACAAUUUAUUAUCCACACGCAAAUCGCAACUUGUCACUUGAACGAAACUCCCCAUCGUUAAUAUGUAAUCUGGUUUGCUUCAUGUCCUUCAGGAAAAAGAACAGCGAUUUCAUCACCAUUAAUUUCCAUACUUUUCUCCCGGAUAUUUUCUACAAGCUUUUUUUUUUUUGGUUGUUUUUACUUAGAAUGCGCUAAAAUCUGCUGAUAUAUCGAAAAAUGUCCAUUUCUCGUCUUCUGUGGGGCGACCGAUGGAAACUUCAUGGAGAAAUACAACGUCACGCCAUCGUGACAACGUACAUGUUUAUGAUAAAUGACCGGUGAGCGCCUAACUGCAUGCAAAAUUUGAAGGGGGGUUGAAAAUUUUCAUUUCCCAAGAUGUUUGAUUCUUACAGAGACUUGUUCUUAAAUUUUUAAGUUAAAACGUGUUUUUCCGCUACUUUACUCACAACGCACACGCUAAACAACUUACAUUCCAUCACGUAUCAUGAGCAUGUCCAAUCAGAACAUACGUAAUCAUUGCAGUACAUGAACAUCAGGCAAUUUUUCACGUGCUUGAAUUGUAUUCCACCAAUCAAAUCCAUUUCGCCAAAUUAGACUAAACUCUUAUCACGUGUCAUUUUCUUGUAAACAACCUGCAUUUUAUUACGUAUUCUAACUGCAUUUUCCAACCCCGCUGAAAAAAAUUAACAUGGAACUAAAUGCUACUGAUAUUGAGAUUUCCACGCUUUUCUCUUGUUUAAUGUAUCUUCACUUAUUCGAGAUCGCAAUAUAUUUUUAUUUAGGGUUUAUUAGAGGUACAACAGAGUUUCAGUUUGCUUUUCGUAGUAAAAUUACGCGAACUAUAUUUUUGAGGUAGCUAUCUGUAGACGAAUAAUUUUGACUUUCUCUCUGUAGGAGGGACGUCAGUAAGCGUAGUAUCUUUCGCAACCGUUAUUUGGUCUCGUCACGCAACGUGCUAUCUCCCUAAAACGGGAAAUAGGGGGCGCUGUGUGUCGAGACCAAACAACGGCGGCUGCGAAGGAGACAACAGCUAGCGUGGCACCGAUGCAUUUCAUUUUAACUUAGAAGUAUUGAGACAAUAGAGACAGAAGAUCGCAUAAUAUCCGCAAUAUUUUGUUUUUUUUUUUAGAGUUAUGCUCUUUCGGUGACAUAAAUGAAAUCAUUAAGUACACACACCGUUCCAUCUCAACCCACCCAGCCGAAAAUAAAACUCUUGCAUACUACACACGCCUACGUUUAUUACUAAUCAAUAUAAUCAGCAUGUGAUGUUUGUGAUUUUCGAACUGUUACAAGUAUUUAACCUUCUUAAAUCAGGAAGAGAUUGCACCUUCUUAUGGGACUCAACUCAAGUUUAUUUUACAUUUAGUAAUGCACCUGUGCCAUUUUUAAUUCAGUGUUCUUAAAAAUAUAUAGACAGACGUGAGAAGAGAUGAAUUUUUAAAGUUCACAAACUUAGCAAUUCCCAUGUGGCCCAAAAUGGCUGUGUGACUAAAUUUGAAAAUUGAGGUCAGAAGCUUACAAAUUCAGUGAAGCAACUAAAGGUUUGACCUUUUUUUACCACGACUCACAUGAACGAUUUAUCCUUAAUUCUAGUUUUAAGCUGGAGAAAUGGAAAAGGUUCAUACACCGUAUGUAAAAUUAAAGAGUUUCUUAGGUGUUUCGUAGAUGAAAGAUUUUUUUAGUGACUGGUUGUUAGUGCAAGGAAGCAUUGAACAAGUUUGCUGUCUAAGUUCCUUGCCUCCAACUUCAGUGGUUUGAUGCACCUCUGUCAGUUUUACCUCUGAAGAAGGGGGUAUUUUACGAGUGAAAAAUUUCAGAGAUGAGCUGCAUUUAAGUUGAUAACAGGAUUCUCCACAUCGAGUCAGAUCUUGGUUCAAAGAUUUUAAAUCUAUAAUCAUUAUCCAAAUCAAUUAUUCCAUCACUCACAAGCAUUACAAUAUUAAAACUGUUCAGGUACCUUUCUUAUCGCAAGAAAGUCUGAAUGAGGUCGAUUUAUUGCGUAAUUGUCUGAAUGAACUGACCACAAUUAAGGUGAUCCCUCGGUGUUGCGCUACGCAUCCUGUACUGCGCAGAAAAAUCACGUAAUCAGGGGAAUAAGCACGCAUGCAUUCCGAAAACACGGUAUUGUUUUUCAAUCAGUCAUCACUAGUUAAAGAGGUGCGGUGGUCUUUGGCUAUCGAAUUUCGCUGCACCAACUAUCCCCUUUAAAUUGGAGAAAAUUUUUCAAAAAAUUAUGGAAGGGAUAAGAGGUAUACAGAUGUAUCUAAAAUCAGGCGCAAAACUCAUUACUCGAGGAUGCAAAUUAUGACCUUGAAAGAAACGUUUUGAGUCGGUGUCGUUUAACAUUGCGUAAUACACCUGAGAGUUUCUACCAGUCAAGUUUUUUUCAAGUCUUACUAUUAAAACCCUUACCUCCGAUCACUGCAAAAUGUAUGUGAACCGAUGAAAUGACGCGCGUGAUUAGUGCCAGCACAGGCAUAAAUGGGGUAAGUUGGGCCUAACAUAUCUCUUAAGUAAGCAUUGAGACCUAUCUUUUUUAAUGUAUUUUUCGAAGCAGAGAUGGGUUGGGAACCAAGGAAAGUAAAAAAGGUUGUUUGAUAACAACUUUUGAGUUUUUUUUUCUGUUAAAAAAAAAUAACCUCUAUGUUAGCGUACAGAAAGUGGUAUGUUGCUCGCACCAAUCAGAUCGCUGCAUUAGGGUAUGUAUCUCGCACCAAUCAGAGCGUUGUUUUUGUUCUUUGGUUUGAGAGGUGUUCAAAUUUCAACGAAGUAAUGGGGGAUUCGGAGAGAGCGGUUCGUAAAAUGGAUUCAUCUUUUAGAAUGAGAAAUGUUGGCUUUUCUGUGUUUUAACGUGUAUUUCACCGCGCUUUAUGAAAAAUACGAUACUACUGGACAGAUGAAAGAUAGAUUACCUAUAAUAAACGUGUUACUCAUGCUGUGAAAAUGGUGGAUAGUUGUUCGAGAGAAAAUGGAGUUCUGUGCACUGUAGCACGAUCAUGGUUAUUGUUCCUUCACGACGACAGUGAGUGGAAAUAUUUUGAACCAAGUAUUGCUUGAGGUGUUGAAGAAUUGCAAGCUGUGUUGCAAGAUUCAUGAUUUGUUGAGUGCCAAUUAUAUUUUUCUGGAUUGGUUUGCUCGGUGCUAUCUCUAGAUGAAUGUCUGAUUAAAAUUAACUAUGGAAGAUUUUGUGUAUGUUCUCGAUGCCUGGAGAAUGUGAUCUUGUGCAGUCGUUUGUGUUUGGCCAAGGACGAAUUCAGAUAUCAUCGUUAGCGUGUUUAUUUGAUUUUGUUAUCUGGAAUGAAUGAUUUACGGAGGUAAGUUAUUAUGAUCUACUGACUUCGAAAAUAUAUCAAGUUGAAGGAACGAUUUUGGUCUCGUUUCGCAUUUUUGUCAACAAAAUAAACACAUACCGCUUAAAAGUCUACAUGUUGUACCUAGUCCACAUCUUGUAUCCAGUCUGUAGUUUGCAGUCUGCAUUUUGUACUAAAAGGUAUCCGUGGCACCAAUACAGUUUAUUUUUGAUCAAUGUUAUUCGUACAACAUACACAAUCUGCCACAAAAUACCUGUGUGUGAGUUAAUUCUAUAUUUUCGUUCUUUUCCGUGUUAAUACCCUUCUUUCCUUUGGAAAAAAUGGUGACAUCAUUUACAAUGUUUCAAGCAAUCCACCCACCCCCAAAAAUAACUCUUGCAUGCAUAGCAUGCCUGUUUUUCUUAGGAAUCACCUUGAAUUUUUCCGAAAAGGAAACUGAAGUACUUUCUAAUGGCCAUGCGGAAUGACAUUGUUUUAUUAUUUUGAGGCGGAUUUGGGGGAUCUUGAUAUUCAAACAGGUUUGGAGGUGGAUGUGUCUAAUCUCUCUCAAUUCACAGAGACACUGUCCUUUAGACUACCUCAACACUUGUGUUAGUCAUCGCUUGAAAAGCAAACUAUUGUAGCGAAUAGGUAAUUAAUUACGGACGAGGAAGGACUCAUUAGGAAAGUUAUUCCAGGUGCAAAUUCUAUUGACAAAUUUCAAUUUUGGAACAGUGUCCUGUUCAUUGAGUAUAAGUUAGCCUUAGAGGCUUCGGUGAAGACGAGAGACUAAAUGAAGCACGCUUCAAAUGUGAAAUAAAUGGGGUAAUUGAAUGAUUUGUAAAUUUUUUCCAACGUUUCUUACAUGUACAACUUUAUUUAAUGUACAAUUAAACGCUUCCUGACAAGCUUUUGGUUCAAUGUCUCUUUAGAAGCAAGAGCCUGUAACGAGAGGGAUCUUCCUGGAAAAGAGAUUAAACUGAUUACCGAGGGAUUGAAAGUAUCCUUUUCAUGGGUAUCCGCGGGUUUCGCCCAUAACGAGUUUCGCCCAAGAAGCGUUUCGCCCAUAACGAGAAUGGUUUCGCCCAGGCAUAAAUUCGAUUCGCCCAGACUGACAGUCAGUGAUUAUCCAGGCUAAGGGCCUCUUUAGACAUAUGCUUUAGAUGAGCCCGGUAACCGGGCUUUUGUUUUCUGUUCAUUCAUAAGCUGGCGUGCGGAACUUAUCUUCCGUGUACAAAAGAUUUGCAACGAUGAUAUGUUCCACGCGCAAGUGUUUUCAAAAGCGUUUAAUUUAAUUCUCGAGAAGAAAAGUGAUGCAAAAAAUCAUAGCAAUGCUUUUUACGACAAACGGACGUCUCUGCAGUAUUUCGUGCGCGAAUUACCUUAACAAUCCCCACUCCACAGUGAAAGCUAUAAUUGACUUGUUCGUUUCAACAGUAACUUGUUCGUUUCAAAAUUUCAUGAUCUCAGGUCAAGUCACUUUUCUUCAUUCUGUGCAUACAAACGUUUAUAAGGUUAACGUUUUCCGAGUGAGAGUGUAGAAGUUUUACUUAUGGGCGAAACCUUUAUUGUUCUGGGCGAAACCAUUCUCGUUCUGGGCGAAACCAUUCUCGUUCUGGGCGAAACGAUAUGUGCGAAACUCGUUAUGGGCGAAACCCGCUAUAACCUUUUCAUGAAGUUAGUUGUAGUCACCUUGACUUAUGUUAUCAUAGAAAUCAAACUUGAAUAGUUUCUUUAAAAGUGUGGUUACUCAUCGUCGUAAAGCACGAUAACAGAUGCACCUCAUACGAUGGCUGAACUUGUAAUUCAAGUGACAUUUUUGCUUAGUUUACCACCCUGUAAGGGUCUCGGAAAAAAACUACGCAACUUGCUUAACAAUCGCGCGUAUUGUAUGUUAAUGUGAUAUCUUGUGGAUUGGGACUAAUGCACGUAAUCGGGACUCAUUAAAAUGAUAAGAGUUCUGUGUAAAAAUCAAUUAUAUGCUAGAAGUAAUUGAAUGAACUGAAGUAAUUUUCACGCGCACUUUAUGGGGAAAAACCUUUGCGUGAAAUCAGUAAAUCAGAUUGAACAUCUUUAUAGAGACAUUUGCACUUAUCUGUCGCUAAUCUUUAAAUAAACAGCGCUCUAAAUGGCCGAAGAAAAGAAGUAAUCUUCAUCAGGCUUGCUCUUGAUGACACCAACAGAAGUAAUUAACUUUAAAUUCUGAAAGCUUGUCGAACCACUAUCAAGGAGCACAAUAGGCGCUUAAGCCUUCAAAUAUGAAUGACCUCGUGUUUUGGAAUAGAAGGGAAUGAAAAAUCACUUGUCUUGGCUGAUUGUCUUGACCUUGAUGAAGAAAAUGAGCCAUGGACAUAAUCGUGUAUUUGCCAUGUUAAUAUUCACAAAUGUAAUGUUUUACUUCACCGUCACUCAACGAUCAUGGUGCGUUACAUAACUUAACUUGGCUUGCCUGAUCGGGAAAAGAAGACUUUGAAAAUCGAUAAGUUUACAGAGAGAGACUCAACUGCAGACGUGGAGAGUACGAAGAAGGUAAGCAUGUCUGUUAGGGGGUAUAUAAGCAAUAGACCGUGCUUUCUGAUGGUUCACCGGUAUAUUGACUCACAUGGAAUGUUGGAAGGAGUCGAGAAAAGUUUGUAAAUAAUGAGCCGGAGUGAUUUAAAAAAUUUCGAGCGUCCUCCCAUUAUCCUAAGUGGGUUAUUGCGUCGGUAAAGCGAAGAAUGUGCGGUCUAUUCCUGUUAUGAAAUAAACUUAAAAUGUUUCAAUUUUAUAUGGGUUUACUGGUGCAAUAGCGGAGAGGUUAUGACGAAUUGAGGUGUUUGCACAACUGUAGUAUUUCACUUAUUUUAUAAUUUUUCUUAAACUGAUUUUCCAAAGUAACUUUGUUGGUUUAUGGAAAAGUUACCAGUCAUCAGUUGUUAGUUUUUCUUUUCAUUUAACUACUACCGAUAAUAGUCCAUGGGCCAGGACCCCCAAAAAUGACCUCUCGGUAGCACUCAAGGAAGUAAUGCUACCAUGCAUUUUUGAAAACUGCAAUUACUUUAGUUUAAUAUUAUGUAUGAUAGCAGUGCCCAAUGAGUAGCUGAACAAGUAUUAUUACGUGAUCAAGUGACGUCACUUCUUUCUACAGAAUUGACUGGAAACAAACAUUAACAAACAUUAUUCUUUCCAAGUCCGUUAACCGUUCUUUAAGGGUAGUCUAUGUAUGAAAAUGAUAGAUGUUUCUUCUAGAUGAGUUUUUAAACUUCUGAGUUCAAAAUUAUUUGAGUUUCGACGAUUUGUUACGGUACAACAUUUCCAUUGUCGCUAUUUCGAAGAAAACAAAACCAGAAAGAAACCGUGAAAUUGCCUAUGACGUUAGCGAAAUAACCAAUGAUACGUCAGCCAACUGACCUGAAACAAUAGCGAAACCACCUAAACCAUAAGCGAACUGGUCGUUAGCCAAACGAGUUCAAAACGACUCCAUUGGCCAAUCAGAACACAUGAUUUGCCUCAUAUUGCCCGUGGGUGCUGCCAGCGAUAUAACAACUUGUAUUACAAUGCCUUACAAAACGAAGUAGCGACUUGUCGCGAGUUAGACGUCUUUCCCCAUGUUGUGUUUCAUCAGUAGACACCUCUGCCCGUGGUACUGAGCAACAGCUGCUAAAAAAUCACGAGAGGAGAGGCCAAUAAUUUUGCUAUCACCCGUACUUAGAGUGGCCUUUCUAAUCGUGGCACAGGUGCGCAAGUUGACGCAGUUAGUUUAAGUAUCUAUUGCACGUGUUUGUUCCUUCCUUAUAUCUCUUUUCACAAAAGUGCAUAUUUGUUCAUAAGUUCUGCUCGCGUUAGGCCCUUCUCGACAAGGCCUUUGCUCUUUACUUACCACAUUACAUCCACGAAUCUCUUCUGCGUUUUCCGUUGUAAGAGAAAUUUUCUCAAAUUUUUGCUUCAUCGUUUUAAAGGCUACGGUAUUUCCUGCUACUGCUGGCUGGUGGAAUUUCUCCUUCCUUAGCACUCUCUGCCAAAUUAAGCAAUAUCCUAUGAUUUCUAAUGACGUUAAUGAUGAUGAUGAUAAUAAUAAUAAUAAUAAUAAUAGUAUUAUUAAUAGUAUUAAUAAUAAUAAUGAUAAUAAUAAUAAUAAUAAUAAUAAUAAUAACAAUAAUAAUAGUAAUUACCAUGAUCUGAGUAGUGACUAAUACCAAUUUCAGAACAAGGCCGUUUAGUUUGGUUUGUUCAUAGUAGUGAAGGUUCGUUGUGAUCUUGAUAUUCGAUCGCCAACUGUUUGCAAGUAUUUUCGCUGAUGAGCAAUGAAAAUUCCAGCUUUAUGUACUUAUAUUUGUGUUCUUUAUUUAUUAACUGUCUUUUUGAAGCGUCAUAAAAUAGCAAGGUUAAGAAUUCUGGCCCCAUGGACAAUUGGUUCGAAUUGCUGUUGAUUAGCCGGAAUAACACGACUGAUCAUCAGUGAUGCUUUAAUUCUCAAUUUCGAAGAGGAAAAGCUAUUAUUAACUACAGUAUUCACAAUUGUAGUACGUUCCAAAGUUUGUUUCACAGUUGCGCUCCUGUGUGUAAAUGAGCGUUAAGUGAUGGAGCCCGUCAAAGGCUAUAGCAACUGAUAGCUUUGUCGAUUCUGCGGAGGCUUGCAUAACCGGUUUGUGUGGUAUGCAGAAUUCUCGCCCCCCCAAAAACAUUUCUUUAGCUCUUUCGACAACUGAUCCUCAAUAACUUCCGCUUACUCGUAUGUCAGGUUCUGGUGCUCAAGACUUCUAAGUUGGCACAAACUUCCUCUUUUUUGUCGGGCAACUCAGGAUGAUUUCCUUUCGAAGAAAGUUCAAGAUAUUGAAAUGAAAGCUGCCCUCGAUCAGUUGUUUUCCUGUAAACACUCUUGAAUGCUUGUCUUACGUUAUGAUGAUAGAGUUGAGACUUUGUGUACUCUUUUAGUAAGAUUUGCAAGUUCCAUUCGCCGGACCUUCUCCGUAGUUAAGCAUGGUGACAAAUGCAUAAAGGAGGCUCCAUGAGGUUUUUGCUUAAUGUUGGCGCGUGCACCAGCGUUAUGUUUUCCUGGAAAAUUUUUGUUUUGGCUUUGUGAGGUCACUUAAAGUCAUCAAAAGGCGAUGAGCAAGGUUCGGACUAUCAUUUGCUGAACUAAAUAUUGCCAAAAUGAUUUUCGUUAUUAAGCUAGGGCUCCACGAAGGGAGGCGCUCUCUAAGGAUUACUUCACUGAAAUCGUCAAUCAUUUAAAAGCCGAAAAAAAAUAGAACUUCGCCAAGAUCGGUAUCUGUCGCCUUUUGGCAAUCUUUCCCACGGUGUUUUCUUUUCGGUUGACCUCUUUUUCAGGCGUAGAAGUCCUAUGAAUAUUACAGUUGCAGUUGCUGGAAAACCUAGAUUCCAUCACAUAAAAACAGUAUUGUAUAAUACUGUUUUAACACACCUUUUCAGAUAACUUUCGUGCGAUCGUAUCGAGCCGCCAUGUUUGUUUUUCAUGUUGAAAGCUUUAAAGCCCGCGCUUUGUUCGCACCCACAAGAAUAAAGGAAAUGAUCAGCAACUAACGAAGCUCUUGAUGUUUUUACAAAUUCUCCUUGUUCGAAGUUAGGUUAUGUCAAGAGAACAGUAUAGAGAAUAUGCCCAACGAUGUUAGGGUGUAAAGGGUUAAUAAACAUAAGAAAAAACCAAAGCAGUCACUGUUUACGAAGCAUUCAACCAUUCUUGAGUUUCCCCUGCAAAUGUUUUUAUGCACUCUCACUUUUGACUUCACGUUAGAAGAGUUCGAUCAAUGGAGCCUAGAAUCACCUCAUGCAUGAAGAUGUUACUGUUUUGAUAAGUUUCGUCGCCAAAGAGUAUUCCAAUGGGGCUAGGUUCCUGAUUCACUGAUUCCAUAGCCCUUUCCAUUUAUUGUUUCCACCUGAGAACAAGGAGCAUGACAAAUGUGAGCACUUACGGGAGAGUUAGGAAGGAAUGUGUCAAGCAGUCACCUAGUGAUAAAUAGUCACAUCACUUCUUUCGAUGGUCGCCAAGCGGCUACAAUUAUUCUAAAAGCAUUCUUAAUAGUGACUUUUUUAUGCGCUCACCUGUUGCACACAUUAUGAUUUGAAUGGUGUAUUGAGAUGUUUUCAGUUUCUAUGUUAUUCCGUUGGGAGGAAAUGUGUACAGCCAGACCUAACUUUCACUGUCAUAAUGAAAAUACCAACGUUUUUUACUUCCGAACUAAAUGUCCGGCUUAUUUUCGUUUUUUUCCAAUACAGUGAUAGGUACUGUUUGCUGCCUGAUGAGAUUCGCCCAGUCCUCUCUUACCUUAUUUAAUAUGGUGAUUUCGCCAUCAUAAUUUGAGAUUAUUGUUAUAUACAUGCGUUCUUGAUCAAGUAUGAGGUCAAGAGAUGUGGAUAUUAGCGAGUUCUUUUUUUGCAUAUUUAUGGUCUGAGACGAAGUCGAGGUCCUUAAAAACGGAAUAAAAGAACGAUGCUAAUAUCCAACCAUCAGGACCUCAGGCUUGGUCAAUUACGCAUAUAUAAUGAUAAUAUCAAUUUAUGAUGGCGAAUUCAUCAUAUAAGAUUUCGCUCUAUUGAGAAUCAAGAAUCACUUGUUUAUUUCGAGAGACGGGAAAAAAAAAGCGAAUUGUUUUUUUAUGUUUUAUUUAUUAUUCGAGCCUAGCCGUAGGUGGCGAGAGUCUUAAUCUGCAGGCCGUUGUUUUUCGUGUUUCGUCACCAAAAGGGGGUCAUGAUCCCAGGCGUUCCUUGCGUAGACCUGGAGACGAGAUCAUGCCAACUCCUUGUUUCUCGAAAUGGGAAUCUGUCAUCUUUUCUACGCUCAAACGAACAGACGCAUUAGCCGUUUGUGGUAGAUCCACUUUAAAAGAUGGCAAUCAGUUUUUGGAAAAGAGUGUUUAGCUAUUGAUAUUAGAGAAGUACAGAUCAUCUAUUUUGACAAGUUGUUGUAUUACUGUUGCUUUUGUUUACUCUUCCGAUGAUAGCCGUUUUAAAGUCUUUGACUCUCAUGCUAGAGAUGUUUAUAGUAAGAGUCAUCCCGAAGGAACUCGUGUAAAUUUACAUGGAAUGACUUAAAUGUAUGAAGUCAAAGGUUUAUUUAAAGGUAUUUAUGGGGAUAGUUUUCGCCAGGAAUAUUUGUUACUCCUAUUACUAAUAGCCAAUCGGGGUGAAGAUAAGACCAUGCUCAUUUACAUAUUUGAUUUCAUGUUUUGAAAAUUGCCACCAUUGACACCAAUGGUGGGAAACUUGGAAGGAUAUUCGGAUUUAUUGGAUGAUGUUUGUGCGAAUUAUGAUGUGCCUUCAGUUUCGCGGAAAAACUAGUUCCAAAAAUAAAUUAAAAUAAGGAAGGUUUGACUCAAGUGUACAGCACAUAGGGACAUCCGAGUAAUGAGCUCCAGACACUUGGCUCUAAUCACAGCGAAGAUACACAUAACUUAUUUGUAUUUGUGAUCUUUCUUAUGACUAUUGCCUUAAUCGUGUUUUUUCUGAAACCGAGUAAGUCAUCAUUUUUAAUUUUGCCAUUAGGUCUCAUAAUCCCUAGCAUUUGUCAUUUCAUCCACCAGUGAAAAGGAAGUCAGUAACUGGCACUCUUUUACCCUGCGCCUCAUGGCUCCAAUAGUCUCAAUACCUACACGCAUGCUACCAAGAAAAUACUCGCUCCUUAUCCCUUCGACACUCCUAAAGCAGGCCCGAGGUAACGCUUUCAACAGCGUCUUGUUUUGACUAUCUUCUACCACUUUUCACGACUCCAUCGCCGACACUUUUAUGAACUUUUUUGUAAGUUGGCUCUAAGCAAUUUUCUUUCUUUCGUUCUGAUUGGUUACCCGAGCGGGCAAGAUGGGCCCAUCUUGCCCGCUUGGUAGCCAAUCAGGCUACAAGGGAAGACAAAUGUAAUUUUCGUUGUCCUUUUUUUCGGCUUCUGGAAUCCCAACUGAACCGUAUGGUGAAGACCUACUACCGAGCAGACUGUUCAUUGAGAUUCUGAUCCGAUACACGAAUAUGACUCUGGAGAAAAAAUUUUUAACUCUUGUCGCAGAUAAAUCGUGACAAUGUUCUUUUCGAUAUAUAAAUAUUGCACAUUAAAAUAGUAUUUCUCACAAAUACAGGUGCAACAUAUGGAUAAAGACAAGAGAGAACAGCAAGACAGACUUCUUGGUCGUGACUAUAACAAUCGUGCAAAUGAAUGCUUUAAUCAGGGUGAUUUUAGGAAAGCUAUCGAGUACCUUGAAUGUUAUCUUGAUAUUGCCAAGAAAUUGGGUAACAGAGCUGGAAUGGCACGUGCAUAUGCGAAUCUCGGCAAUGCUUAUUUAUCUCUUAGUGAUACAGAGAAAGCUAUCGAGUGCCUAUCGUUUCAGUUAAGCUUAGCAAGAAAACUGAAAAAUAAAGCUAGAGAGGGAGGAGCGCAUUCCAAUCUUGGUAAUGCAUAUCUACAUCAAGGUGACAUUGGCACAGCUAUUAAACAUCACAAUCAACAUCUCAAAAUCGUCAGGGAGUUGGCAGACAGAGCUGGUGAACGACGAGCCUAUGCCAAUCUUGCAAGUGCUUAUGAAUCGGUCAACGAUUUUGAAUCGUCCAUACAUUAUCACCUCUGUCAUCUUAGGGUUACUAAAGAAAUGAAAGAUAAAGCUGGGGAGGGCCAUGUGUACGCUAACCUUGGAAUCGCUUAUCACAAUUCGGGCAAGUUUCAAGAAGCUCUCGAUUAUCACAAAUUGGCCUUAGACAUCUCUAUAGAAGAUGGGGACAAAGCUGGAGAAGCGGAAGCAUAUUUAAAUCUCGGAG